ACAUUGUGUGGUGAGACCGAAGAUCAGCCAGAUUCAUGGUCUCCACCACCGUACUUCGAUGAAGACAGCUACAGCUUCCCCUCCCCUCCCAGGAAUAUGAAAGGUUUAUCAAGCGGUCGUCCUCAGCUCACAUUCAAAUCAGGACAUACCUAUGGGCUGCCAGACUGCGAUCAGUCCCUCGACCCCUUGCAGCAUGUUGGCUCCGACACUCGCUCGCCCUACCUGCUCAGUCCGACAGAGAGCUGCCAUCUGGAUCCGCACCGCUGCUCACCUCGCAACUCCAUCCACUCGGAGUGCAUGGUGAUACCCAUUUCCAUGGCCUCUGACCACGUUUCCAGCAGCACCUUUCCUAGAAUGCACUACAGUACACACCAUGACGGCUCGCGGGACGACGGCUCCACAUCUCACGGUGGUGGAGGAGGGGGCGGAGGUGGUGGUUCUAGCAAAAUGAACCGUAUACCUGCAAACUUGCUGGAUCAGUUUGAGAAGCAGCUGCCGAUUCACAGAGAUGGUUUCCACACGCUGCAGUACCAGCGCACAUCUGCCACAACCACGAGCAGUGAGCAACGCAACGAGAGUCCCGGACGCAUCCGCCACCUUGUGCACUCCGUCCAGAAGCUCUUCACCAAAUCCCACUCGCUGGAGGGGUCGUUCAAGAUGAAUGGCACCAAGGGAGACUCUCGUUCGGACAGUGGCCACCACCACCAUCAUGGACAUCACCAUGGCAACCACAAACACAGCAAAAGGAGUAAGAGUAAGGAACGCAAGUCCGACUCCAAGCAACGCUCAGGGAUAGCAGGCUGGUGGAGUUCUGAUGACAACCUGGACAGUGACAGCACCUACCGGACUCCCAGCAUCAUGAGCCGUCACCAUGGAGAUCAUAUCACUCACUGUUACCCGGACAUGAGCCACAGUCACUUUGCCGAUCUUUCUCUCAAGACCUCCAAGAGCAACAAUGAUGUGAAAUGCUCAGCUUGUGAGAGCAUUGCUAUGGCCCCCGAGGGCAAAUUUAUGAAACGCAGCUCCUGGUCGACGCUGACUGUCAGCCAGGCGAAAGAAGCCUACAGGAAAUCUUCCCUCAAUCUGGAGAAACCGGCCAUGCCUCAAGACCUGAAGUCCUCCAUGAGGCCUUGUCAUUAUUUACAGGUCCCUCAGGAUGAAUGGGGUGGGAGAGAUGAUGAAAUCCCAUGUAGAAGGAUGCGAAGUAGCAGUUACGUUAAAGCCAUGGGUGAUCAGGACAGCGGGGACUCUGAUGGCAGCCCUAAAAACUCCCCACAGAAAAGUGUGCAGCCCGACGCACUUGUUAAAUCUGUGCUGCAGAGACAACUUUCAGACCAGAGCUCAUACCGUCUGGACAAGUCAAGCCGGGACAUGGUCAAAUACCUCACCAAUAUCACAGCAGAUUUAAGUCAAAGUUACCAUCUUCAGACCUCUAGAGAAAUCCAUCCCAGCAUCACGCUGGAACCGUCUCCCAACUACAGCUCGCCAAAGUUUCGCUCCAGGAACCAGAGCUACAUGAGAGCGGUGAGCACCCUUAGCCAGGCCAGCUGCGUCAGCCAGGUCAGCCAGGUGAGUGAGGCGGAGGUUAAUGGGCAGUUUGAGUCGGUUUGUGAAUCUGUGUUCAGCGAGGUGGAGUCUCAGGCCAUGGAUGCUUUGGAUCUGCCAGGCUGCUUCAGAACACGCAGUCACAGUUACCUGCGAGCCAUCCAGGCCGGAUUCUCACAAGACGAUGACUGCGUUCCUUCUAUGACAUCAUCCACUGUCACCUCCACCAUCAGGUCCACCACAGGAAUUCAGUUCCAUCUCCCUUCUUCAGGCAGUGUGGACCGUCCUUCCCAACAACCACCAGCGGUCACCUAUACACCCAGUACACCCACCUAUAAAAGGACUCCUCCACCUGUCCCACCUCGUUCCACCUCAAAACCCCUCAUCUCCAUCACAGCUCAGAGCAGCACAGAGUCCACGCAGGAUGCCUACCAUGAGGGACAGCUGGCCAGAGGGGGCCUCUGGGGUUCUGAUGGGUUGAGUUUGAGUUUGGGUCGAGCCCUUUAUAACUCCACUGACAGUCUAGACAGCACCAAGGCCGUCACUAUCGCCAUGGAAGCGGCUGCCAUGGCAAUGGCAGCAAAGAGACACCCAUCCACAGACAGCCACAGCUCAGUAAUGACAUGUGAUAAAGCUGUGCUGGUGUCCAGAGCUGAGGAAUACCUAAAAACACCCCGGUCCUCAAUUGGAAUACAGGUAGAAGCAGCAACUGAUUCUGAGUGUGAAAGUAAAGGCUCUCGAGAAUAUCAGUCUGUUGGGAUUCAAGUGGAAGAUGAGAGACGUCAAGGGCGAUUCAAACGGUCUAACAGUGUCACAGCCGCUGUUCAGGCUGAUCUGGAGUUGGAAGGUUUUCCUGUGAUGGAGGAUAAAGGUCUUCAGUUUGGCGGUGGUUUCCAGCGGCACAGCGAGCCCAGCACUCCCACGCAGUACGGCGCUGUACGGACCGUACGCACACAGGGCCUCUUCAGCUACCGCGAGGACUACCGCACCCCCACUGAGCCUCCGAGUCCCCAGUGCAGCCCUGAGCCAUGGCUGGAGCCCUCACCACGGGAACCCAUCUCAACGGUAGCGGUUACCGUGACGCCACCCCAACCAUCAGAUUCGGGAAGAGCGUCACCCUCGUGCAGACGGGAUGGUAGCUGGUUCAUGCAGCUGCUGCAUACAGAAACGAAAAAGAUGGAGGGAUGGUGCAAAGAGCUGGAAGGAGAGGCAGAGGAGAACGAUCUGUCAGAGGAAAUCCUAGGGAAGAUCCGUAGUGCUGUAGGAAGUGCACAGCUCCUAAUGUCCCAGAAAUUUCAGCAAUUUUACUGGCUUUGUCAGCAGAACCUAGACCCCAGCGCCAUGCCUCGACCCACCUCUCAAGACCUGGCUGGGUUCUGGGACCUGCUGCAGCUGUCUAUCGAUGACGUUACCUCCAAAUUCAAUGAGCUGCAGAAGAUCAAGUCCAAUGAUUGGAGGCUCAUUGAGAGUCCUGUAAAGAAGCUCCCGCCUCCUGUACCAAAGAAGACAUUGCGUAAAAGCGUGACAAGGGAGAAAUCUCUGGACCUCCCUGACCGUCAGAGACUGGAGGCGAGACGGCGCCUUAUGGCGGCCAAACGUGCAGCUUCAUUCCGGCAAAACUCAGCAUCAGAGCGGGCCGACAGCAUCGAGAUCUAUAUUCCAGAGGCCCAAACACGGCUCUGAGAGACACAGGAAACAGAAAGUGAUCGUCACAUCUUUAUCACACAAUUGUCAUCAUUCUCCGUGUCUGAGCCAGUUAGAAAUACCACACCUCAGUCAUCAAGGAAACCGUUGGAAAUGGUCUAUUCCUAACACUACAAAUUCAGAGUGUUUUAAUCUUCUCACACUGCUUUAACAGUGUCAAAAGUUUUGUAACAUGUUUUGGAACUGCCUGCAACAUGUUCCAUAGACACAGUUUCAUACAAAAUUCACCCUUUGUUUUAGGAGACAUACUUAAUCAAAAUACUUAUUAUACUGAUUAUUACACAGCAUAUCGAAAUUGUAGACCAACGUUACAAUGAAGUUGCCUGACAGUGCAAAUCUUUACAUAUAAGCUCCUAUUACACCAGAAUAACACAUGUCCAAUCUGAAUACCUCUAUGAGUGUCUUUAUGACAUCUAUCUAGCACUUUUAAAAUGGAAAAAAAAAAAUCUACAUUAAGAAGCCUCAAAUUUUAACAAUUCACUUGUUUCAUAAAAUUAGGAAACUUGACUUUGAAAUUGGAGGAAAGCUUCUAUAUUUGCGUUAUGAAGAUGUAAAAAAAAAAUCAAGUUCCAUUUGUUCAGGUUUUGUAGCUCCAGUUCCAUUUAUACAUUUAAUUUCCACUGCUGUAUGUCUCUCUCUCCAUCUGUAUUUCUAUCUCUGUCUUUCUCUCUGCUUCUUUUCAUAUUAUUUUUCUCAUGAACAUUUAUGUAAGUGCCAGUGCUGAAAUACCUCAGUCAUACAUUUAGACUGAAGUUGUAGGCCAGAGCAGGCAUUCAAAGCCUUUUAAAAACUAGAUGAUCUUCAUUGAUCAAACACUGUUGCGGGAAAGUUGAAAUUUGAGAUCAGAACUGGUUAGAAAAGGCAGUUUUUAUUAUUCUCAUAUUAACUGAUAUCAAAUGCCAUCACACUACUUCAUACUUGAUGUUUAUGGUUUAUGUAAUUCUAGAGUAACUAGGUUUUUGGAUACAUUUGCUUAAAACUUGAAUUCAUCCAUGUAAAAGUUCAAAAAAUGCAUUUUUGCACUUUCUUCUAAAUGUUUUGUCAUUUCCAAGGGAAAUUAAUUUACCGAAGUUCUCACAGAUGUUGCAGUUGAAUUGCAAGUUUGUGUGACUAUCAGUUUAUCAUUUCAUCUCUCUGAAUGUUUCACCUGGUCGUUCACCGUGGUGUCAGACUUUGGUUUGUUUCAAAGGCCAAGUGUUCCCAUCAUUAUCUGGAUGACUUGGGGAUUGGCAAUGUUUUUUUUUAGAUGUGACUUUUUAGUUUAAAUUUUAAUCCCCUGAAAAGGUUCAGAGAGCAUUUGUAUCUCCUACCAUUGAUUGAUGAAGCAGAAACUGCACUGUUCAUGUCUUUACCUAUGGCUGACAGACAGUA